AGAUGUGGUACUGGGUGUUCCUGUGGUGUCUCUUCUCCUCGCUCUUUGUCCACGGGGCGGUGGGGCUGCUCAUGUUGGUCAUGCUGCAGCGCCACAAGAGGGGCCGCCUCAUCACCCUGGUGCUGGUCAGUGUGGGUUUCCUGGCCUCCCUCUCCGGAGGCGUCAUCACCAGCGCAGCGGUGGCGGGGGUGUACCGCGUGGCCGGGAAGGACAUGGCACCGCUGGAGGCUCUGGUGUUCGGUGUGGGCCAGACCACCCUCUCUGUCGUCAUAUCCUUCUCACGCGUCCUGGCCACUCUGUGAGCCCCUCGACGAGCCGGAGGACGAGACGCCGAGACGAGAGAGAGGGGAAUCGAGCCAGAGACAUUUAGGUGCUCGCCGUGGCCGGGUUUGCGGAAGGCAGAGAGGAGGCAGAAGUUGCUCUGGACCUUUUUGGGGGGGAUGUCGCCAGGAGAGAGCGCCCCCCAGUGUCUCUGCUCCGUUACUGCCACAAUCACACUGCAGUUCAGAGGAAACUCAAUGCAGGUCGGUUGUCUUCGUGCCGGAGAGCAGCACCAGGCGGAGACGGCGCCAUCCUCAGCUUUCUGGACUUGAAAGCCAUGUUUCGGGUGUUUCCAGAGUUACAUCACUUCUAUGUGCCAACAGCCUUCUCUGGAACAUCCAGAUGCCUUUGUGGCCACUGACUCUUGAAGGCUUUCUGUUGCACUUGUUGGGGAGGGAGGGUAAAAUAAAACCCUGUAACGAUGAUCUGAUGAUCUCCUUUGGAUGAUCACAGCGUGAGAACAAAAGUUUGAGCAGUGAGAGGUGUUUUAGGGAGUGACAACCCAACAGUGUUCAUCAGCAAAAACACAAUUUUUCUUCAGUGUUAAACAUCAGCCUCACCUCCUCGGGCUUCACGGCGCUCAAAUACAGAUUGUCAUGAUCAUUCCUUUUCCUUAAAAUGGUUGAAAAAGCUGCACCGUGCAACUCACGAGCAAGAUGCAGCUUUGAAUUUUGCACUUUGUAAAUGUUGGAGAUCCUCUCCCACCCUGAGAGGUGUGAAAUCAGUCAGACGUGGAGGAGAAAACCAGCAUCAGCGCUACGUUUGAAAUAUCGAUUCUUCGAGUGCCAACGAAAACUCCGAUCGGAGUUAAAGAAAUAUUUUGACACACUGGGAAAUAUGUUUAUUUUGUGCUUUCUUGCUUGAAAGUUAGAUGAGAAGAAGUCACUCGCGUCUGUACGGGACGCUACAAGGAGACAGUUAGCUUAGCUUAGCAUAAAGACUGGGAACGGGGGGGAAACAGCUAGCCUUGGCUCCGUCAGACGCUAACAAAAUCUGCCUCUAAUGCUCAAUCAUUAACACAUUAUGACAAACAGACCUGUUGUCUAGCAAUUACAUUUUAAAUUGCACAGUCCAGAGUUCAGAAGCAACAAAAGCAGUCUGGUUGAGGUUAGAGAUCACUGAUGACUAUUAAAUAAUGCUGUAGUCACUACGAGUGGAAAACAAAUUAAAUAUGUCACUGAACAUUUUACUGAUAUGUUCAACAUUUUUGCACCUUGCUGACAUUUCCUUAUGCCAGUAGAAAAUGUAAUUCGGUAUGAAGAAUGUAUUUCCUGUCGCAAAUUAGUUUUAUGUUAUGUAGUUAACGUGUUUCUAGGAGACAGGACUGCAUUAUGAAUCUUGUUUAAUCUAAAAGUGACAUUUUGCACAUUUUUUACAGGGGGAUUUAUGUACUUGCUAACUUCAGGGAGUAAAGAGCAGUUAAGAAAAGAAUAAUCUGCCACAUAAAACAUCGUAAAAACAGUGUCGUUUUCACACUUUAUGUUAAACAAAUGAGAUAUAAUCAGUGGUGCAGUGGUCUCUGGAGGAAUGGGUAUACUCUUAACUUUGCGUGCAGAUUUCUUUUUUUUUAAGCGGCACAUCCAGCAAGAAUAAACCGGCUGUGUCAUCAGACUGCUACUUCCAGUAUUUACACUACAGGGUGAGACAACUACAUAAUUAUACAUUUAGAGUGACAUAUUCCCAAUCUUUACUACAUCCUGUCAUGAAAAUUGGACAAAACUAUGUAACGCCUUUGCCAUGCUAGGAAAUAAGUGGUUAUACUCUCUUUACUAUACCCUCCACUACACCACUGAAUAUAAUGUGUUAAUCACAGUGAGCGAGACAGAGCCAGGCUAGCUGUUUCCCUCUGGUUCCAGGCUUUGUGCUAAGCCAGGCUAACUGCAUACCAGCUUCAUAUUUAUGUAUCAAUACUCUCAUGUAACUAACGGCAAGAGAAGAGGAAACUCAGACAGAGAAAGGCCUGGACAAGCUGUGUUAUUCAGGUUUUAAAGAAAGGUGUAUCGGUUGUAAAAAAGGGUUGUUUUGCUGCUUGAGAGUCAGCUCUGGCAUAUUUUCAGACAAACUAUCCCGUGUCUGUGAGUCCUGGUGCAGAUUUUCUGUAUUACUAUCGUCUGCACAGCAUUAAUUCCCCCUUGUGGAACGCCAUCUCUCCCCGGAGAAGAAGGUCAGACACAUUCUGCUGCUCAGACGGCCAUUUUUCUAUGGCUCCCUCCUUUUUUUAUUUGUUUUUGUUUAUUGACCCAUGUUCCUUAAGUUUAAACUUUGCAUAUUGCACUGAUAUUAAUCUGCCUUGUUUUAGCACAGUGCGAUGAAACUAGUCUGGUGUGACCCGACCAUUUUGAAUAUUCACAGAAAUCAGUGAUAUCAGACGCAAAGUGUAAAAGAUCGUCUGUGAGGAAAUGUGCUCGAAGCUACUGUAUUUACUCAGACUCAGUGUUAAUCGCCGAUAGUAGUAAAGAAUAGAGAGAUACACUGAUUUCAUGUGAGUUUAAUGCUCAUUACUUGGCCCAUAAAUCCUCCCAGAAUUCAAACAGAUUGUCUUGUGCACAGCUCUAAACCCAGGGUGAGGAGUUAGGUUGUAAUGCCAAAGUAUCACUCGCAUUCUAGCUUUAUUUAUCACAUUUGUCUCUUUUAAUUGAUAUCACAGCCACGAUUUAUUCGUUUUUUUAGAAACAUUUGCACAUUGGCUCGGGUAUCCAGAUCUGGGAGAAGAAAAAAAACCCAAUUGAUAUGAAUUUGACAAAAAAAGUAAUUAAUGUUUGUGUAAAGUGUGUGUGUGUGUGUGUGUGUGUGUGUGUGGUUUCAUAGCUCUAAAAGGUAAACGCUGUGUAUUUAUAGGAGUUAUGUAAUUGACACAACUCACCUUCAGUACCAGCUCAGCACACGAGGGGGCGAUAUUGCACAGAGAUGAAGUGGCAGCAGGAGCCUGAAUGCCUGAAAGAUGAUUGUGGAUUUUAAAAUGAUGAAAGUGCUACAGCGAUAUGUUUAUAAUUAAACACAAUCCCCCCCGCCCCUUUUUAACCACUGAAUACUCUGCACAUCAUCCAUACUACCUGUUUGAAUGUUUUAGCUCUAUUUCAGGGACCAAAUGUGAGUUGCUACUGAUGACUCACCUGCUGUCAUAGCAAUGAUAUCUCUGUGUUCGUGGGGCAGUUUCUGCAUGUUUGUGUGUAUGUGUGGUUCAUAGGAGACAUGUUGUGAGUGUUGUUGUUGUUUGGUGUUGAUCUGUGCGGUUGUGCAUGUGAGUAGUAUAACAGGAUGUUAAUUUAUUUUCUUUCAUUAGCGGAGGGGGGGGGGUGUUCACAUUCUUUAGCGGACCCCUAAAGCGUCAGAAAGGGUGAGGACCUAAUUGUAAGUGACACUGUGUUCAGAGGAGCAGUUCACUGAGCAAUGUCUUACAUAACGUGUUGGAAAACCUUUUUAUUUGAUGUGUUAGAAACGACUUUUCUGCCAACGAAAAAGAAACUGCAAGAACUGGCAGACUGGACUGAAAGCUGUGCUCUUACUGUACAUCCUGAGCUGUGUAUAGCCGUAGUGUACAAACAGGAGUGCAACCAACAGCUGACAUGAACUAACUAACCACUGGAUAGUCAUUUUUUAGUUACUCGCACUCACUCGAAGGUUUCACACCCAGUGCCAUGAUCGCCUGUGACGAAUAUUGUUGUUUUUCCCCACUCCAGGUUCUGUGAGCUGUGUGACCGUGUGUGUGUACUGCAAUAUCUUUAAGGAGCUACCCAGCAACUAAUAAUUCCCUCUAGACUUUUAAAGAAAAACGCCGUCGCACUGCAGCGAGAUGCCCAGCUCAAUAAUCCUGUCUCUUUUCAUAGGCUCAUAACUGAAGCUGCCCCCCAGUCCACUGUCGUCCAAAUGCCACAUAUUCUCCCCCCGGACACAUACUGUGUACCCGCUGCGAUUGCAUGUGCAGUGCAGCUCAGAUAACGUGUGAAUGGACUAUACGGACAAUCCAACAAGAGACAAUGUUGUACAAAAACCCAAAGUGGCACCUGUAGAUAAUGUACAAUAUGUUCUUUUUUUAAUUUUGUACCAGCAAAACCGCUGAUAUUUAUAAGUACUGCCUAUUUAUGUACAAAUUGUUCUCCUGUACAUACUCAACAGUCAGUUGAAAUAAAACUCUUUUGCAGUAUAAAUGCUCA